CCUCCACUCCUGACACCAUGUACUGCAACACCUUCUCCGGGGCCGUCUUCCCAGGAUGCUACUGGGGCAGCUACGGCUACCCCCUGGGGUACAGCGUGGGCUGUGGCUACGGCAGCACCUACUCCCCAGUGGGCUACGGCUUUGGUUAUGGCUACAAUGGCUGUGGGAACUUCGGCUACAGAAGAUACUGGCCAUAUGAUCUCUACUGAUUUGCUGAAAUUGCUGAGGCGUAGAAUCUUUUCUCCCAAGGCUGAG